AUGUCCCUAUACAUAUAUGCUUUCAUGCGUACCGACAUCGGCAUGCCACUUCAGGCGUUCCUUUGUAAGAAGGGAUCUACCUGUAAUAAAGCAGCACGUAUGGCUACAGAGAGGGAGGGGAAUGAGAUUGCUGAAGCACUGCGCGGACUGUUCGGUUUGGUGAGAGGGGAGCUGACAGCAUUGAAAGGGGAGCUGGCCAUGGUUAGGGAGCAGGUGGCCCGACAGAAUGAGCGAGUGUUGAUACUGGAGGAGAGGAACCAGGUUUUGGGGAAUGAGGUGAAUGAGUUGAGGUAUGCACUGGAUGUUGUGGGAGAGAGGAGUGUGGCAACUGCUGCUGUGGUUGAGGAGAGGGAGACAGCGUUGGCAACAUUGACCGAGGAGCUGAAUAAAGUGAAGGCAGAGCUGACUGCAGUGAAGGGGGGGCUGGCUGAACACAAGGAUGUUAUAACAGAGCAACUGGAUAUGGCUGAGAGACGAAGGGAAUUGGAAUUGAGAGAGCUUGGAGAGGAGGUCAGAAAGGGAGAGGAUGAAAUGAGAGCGGAGUUGGCAAGGGAGAGGGAGGAGAGGAGGAGGGAGGUGCAGGCGCUUGAUUGGCCUUGUGCCAUGGAGGAAUUGACAGCCUGCCGAAAUUGGCAAAAUUUUGAGCUGGAAAUGUGCAGAAGUGAUGACCGUCAGAUUGAUGCAUGGAAGGAGGCAGAGGUGCUGCCCGAGUGCGAUUUGAGAAGGCGGGGAGAAGAUGGGAGGGUGAUGACGUAUGGGAUGGGAUAUGGGAUGGGGUGUGGGAUGGGGUAUGGGAUGGGGUGUGGUAUGGGGUAUGGGCUGGGGUGUGGGAUGCCGUAUGGGAUGGGGUGUGGGAUGGGGUAUGGGAUGGGGUGUGGUAUGGGGUAUGGGAUGGGUUGUGGGAUGCGGUAUGGGAUGGGGUGUGGGAUGGGGUAUGGGAUGGGGUGUGGGAUGGGGUGUGGGAUGGGGUAUGGGAUGGAUUGUGGGAUGGGAUAUGGGAUGGGGGUGUGGGAUGGGGUAUGGGAUGGGAUAUGGGAUGGGGUGUGGGAUAGGGUGUGGGAUAGGGUUUGGGUUGGGUGUCGGAUGGGGUAUGGGAUGGGGUGUGGAAUAAGGUAUGGGAUGGGGUGUGGGAUGGGGUAUGGGAUGGGGUGUGGGAUUUGGUAUGGGAUGGGGUGUGGAAUGGGGUAUGGGAUGGGGUGUGGGAUGGGGUGUGGGAUGGGAUGGGAUGGGGUAUGGGAUGGGGUACGGGACGAGGUAUGGGAUGGGGCAUGGGAUGGGGUGUGGGAUGGGGUGACUCAUGGAAUGGGCGGGAUGGGGUAUGGGAUGGGGUGGGUCACUUGA